AAUUUAUCAACGAUGAAGGUAUCAAGAAUCCCUUGGAUGCUAGGAUGCUUCUCUGUUACUGCAGGGAUAGCAAUGCAAAGCAUAGCUCAUCAUAAAUCAGACUUUAAUGAUCGUGACCGUAGUAGUUUGUACAAUACCUCAGCAGUGACAAUGGUAAAUGGAGUAGGAAUGUGCCUCCUUGCGAUGAAGAGAAGUAAAUUUGCAGCUCCUGUCUUUGGUCUCCAGUUCGCUGGCCUUCUCCUUUUCCCAGGCCUUGUGACUUACAGACUCUAUUAUCAGGACAGUACUUAUAGCAAAUACAUUCCAUAUGGAGGAGUUUCUAUCAUGCUUUCUUGGUUGCUAAUGGGACUGAUUUAGCUCAUUCAAUAUAA